CAUUUUUGUAAGAAAAAUAAUUUAACAAUCGCUUCCCCAGUGACAUUUACUCGAAAUUGUAUUUCCAUAUUUGCUCGAUUAGUUCUCGAUACGCCUGAAAUUGUGGAUUUGUGUGUGAUGAAGUGUGUUAAAAGCGCUAAGAUUUGGUGUGUUCGUAAAAUAGACUUUUUUUCUAUCGAUCGACGAAGUCGUCGAGCUUAUUUUACAUUCGUAGCUUUGAUUUUUGAUGAAAAACAAUAGCAAAUUUGGUGUGACGUUAUUUUAUAAUGAAAUCGAUAUUCUUUACGUAUAAAACGGCAACAUGACAAAAUGCGGCUCAGCUACGGUCCCAAGGAAAAAAAAAUGUUUCACCCGAACGUGAAACGCUACAUCGAGGCCAUCAAGCUGUACAAUGAGAGCAUCGCCUUUUCCGAAAAAGGAUCGACGGAAAGGGCAUUGGCCUAUGCAAAUCGUUCAAACAUUUGUCUGAAGAUGCAACGCUUUGAAGAAUGUCUGGAGAACAUUCGGCUUGCUCGUGAGUCAAACUAUUCUGGAGAAAAGUUGAAUCAACGCGAAAAAGAUGCCAAAAAUGCUUUGGCAAAGGCUCGGAACAAGAAUGCUUCAUCGAGCAAGGUUUCUCCGGAUGUGGUGGAAGAGCCCGAGCUAAGCUAUCCGUCCAAAGAGAAUGCGCCGCAAAUUGCCAACUGUCUGGAACUGCGCAAAAACGAAGAAUAUGGACGACAUGUGGUGACCACUCGUAAGCUGAAGGUAGGCGAUGUCGUGAUGAUUGAAAGGCCGUUCGUUACCGUGCUGAAGGAUUCGUUCCGAUAUGUUCGAUGUGAUUUCUGCCAUGAGGAACGACCAUUCACAUUGAUUCCAUGCGAAGGAUGUACAAUGGCCAUGUACUGUUCGGAGGAAUGUCUGAGUAAAGCGUACAACAACUAUCAUCGAUAUGAGUGCGGGCUUUUACGAGACUUGUGGGAAGUUUUCGAAACAGUGCCCUUGAUUGCUAUUCGCAUGAUAGCCAUUGCGAUCGCCACCUUCGAUAAUAAUCCAGAGGCAUUGAAGGAUCAUCUCGACGCACUGGAUGAAUCCAAUGUUAACGGGUUUACGAUGGAUUGGAAUAAAGCAACGCAACAGGACAUUUUCAACACGGUGCACGUGUUAACCACUAAUCAAGAACGGCGACACAGCAUGUUUGUUGCAAUGUUCAUCUUCAAUGCUACCAUCCUACAUACCCUUGUUCUGGAAAGAACAGAGCUGGGACCGGUGUGUGAAGCAAACCCAGCGACAAACAAGUUUUUACAAGAUUUGAUCCUGCGAUAUAUGCAAAUCGUGAAUUGUAACAGAAAAUUGUUGUCCUUUAAUGCGUACAAGGUGAAGGAAUACGUGGCUGAAUCAUUUGCAGUGGGUUGCUACCCAUUGAUUAGCAUGCUGAACCAUUCCUGUGCUCCCAACGUGCAACGCAUCACUUUGCGCGAUGGGCGUUGUGCCGUUUUUAUCAUCCGUCCAGUUCUCGAAGGAAGUCAACUGUUCGAUAGCUAUGAGUAA